CCCCCUCGGAGCUCCUCGCUGCUGCUGCUGCUGCCUCGUCGUCGUCGGCGGGGGAAAGGAGAGGGGGUGAAAGGUAAGAAGGCGAGAGGCGGAGGGGCAUGUAGCGCAUCAUCAUCGUCAACUGGCUCAGAACUCUGACACCGAAUCCCCCACUUGGUCCGGCGCCAUUGCACCGUUCCGGAGCGGGACGCUUCAGCCUCUGCGUGUAGGAUCCUGGACCCAGCACAUUCUCGGAAAGCCAGCAGCAGCCCGAGCUGAAUCAGAGCAGUCGAGCAGUCGAGCAGUCGACGAGACGGGAAGGUUCCAGAGUCGAGUCGAGUCCGUUCCCGCUCACGUCGAUGAUCCCCUAGCGGGGCUUGAGUGGUGGUCAAGCCAUAGAGUGCAGACGUGCGAGCUUGCACAGCUCCGUAUAAAGAUAGAAAGAAAAGCGCAGCAGCAUUGUCAGACGACAAUAAGUCUCGAGAGUCCUACAGACUCCUGUACAGUGGCAUUGUCUCUCCGAGCAUCCACGUCCCCGAAACGACAGCACGAAAGAAAGAAACAAACAAACACUGAAACAAGGUCUCUGAGAGAGACGAGAGAAGGGAGGACAUUGGUUCUUCAAGAGCUGAAGAGGGUCGUUGUGUUGGAGGAAUCGGUGGUAGUUGGAUCGUAGAGGAAGGUCGGAACGAAAGCUUGAUUGAGAGUGUGAUUCAAAGGUGUGCACAGCGGAUGGUUUGAGAGGGCGGGACUGCCCACCCAGACAGUCAGACAGGAUACGAGGGUGCGCGAGAAUCGGAGCAGCACGGACACAUCGUGAUUUGCGAGAGUUGCGAGAGCUGCGAGAGGACGAGAAUUUGGUAGGUGAGUGGCGAGGCGAGGCGAGGCGAGGGGAGGGGAGGGGAGGGGAGCUCCACGGCGGGGGCGGUCGGAGAUGGAAAGAGUUGGAAGAAUUCAUCCGUCUGGCGCUGGCGCGGUGCUUGUGAAUGGUUGCUGCUGUGGGGGUCCGGCCAGCAGCAGCAGCAGCACCAAAUUGGGAGCAGGCUCAGAGAGCAGCAGGGCGAUCACUCGGCUGCCGAUCUCGCUGUCGACCAUCGUCAUUGACCGGUUGCCCAGGGCGGGGCUCAGAGUGGGCAGGUUGAAGCGAAGGUCCUCGUCCUUAACCAGAUUCUCCGUCGUUGCAGCAGCAGCUGCUGCUGCAGCCGCAGCUUCGGUCGACACUGCCUACGCCCCAGAAAGGCUCGUAGACGAUGCGAAGCGGUCGAGGAAGCCGAGACGCAGAAAAGACGCACUUGCCAAUGCCGAAUCGAAUGCCACCGUCCCCAUUUCUGCUGCCACCACCAAAAAUCUCGCUUCCACUGACAAGGAGCUGCUGAGAUUGGCUCGAGCGCUCGAGAACGCCUACUUCCAAGACUCGCCGCUGCCAUCUCUCCCCACAGAGCUGCCCGAUAAAUCCAGCAGUGUGAUGCUCGAUGAUCUCGUCACGCAAAUUAGACCCGUCGCCAUCGAUGGCUCCAUAGAUUACACCACUCCCACGACUUCUUCCUCCAGUGCGCCGUCUGCGUCGACGAAGGUGAAGAAGAAGCGAGGCAGAAAAGUCGCCGCCUCGAGGAGCAUCGAGCAUCUGCCGCAGCAGCCGAGCAUGGACAUCAAUCAGAAUCAAAAUCAGAAUGCCUCGGGAAGGUUUAGUCCUGCAGAGUCGCCGCCCGCGAGAGCUGCCACGGCUGGAGAGGUGACGGGCAAGCGCAGACUGAAUUUGGUUUCUCGAAUCGCUCUCCGGAGAAAGCGGCAGGAGCUGUCGAAGAAGGAUUUGGAUGCGAAUGUGAAGAUUAGCAAAGACGGGCACGACAUUUGGUCGGAGGAUGCCGAGAAGCUCAUCACCAAGUACGCCUCGUCGCUCGAUUUCGGUGUCGUCGAUUGGGACAGUCUGAGCCGCGACCUGCUCUCGGCCGAAGAAGAAUACUCGCUCGCCAGCCUCAUGAAGCCCGCCAAGAAAUUAGAAAAGACUUUCAAAGCCAUCGGCGAAGAGCUCGGCCGCGAUCCAUCCGACGAAGAAUGGGCCAAAGCUGCGCAAUUGGACGUGCACACCCUGAAGCGUCAGGUUCUGCUGGGCCGAGCUGCGAGAAAUAAACUGAUUCAGCACAACCUGCGUCUCGUGCUCUUCCAAGCGCACAAGUAUCAGAAGGAUAAUUCGAGCUUAUCGCUCUUCGACCUCUGCCAAGAAGGAGUGUCGGGCUUGCUGCACGGGGUGGACAAAUUCGACCCCAAGAGAGGGCACAGGUUCUCCACUUACGCUGUCUACUGGGUGCGCAACUCCAUUCUCAGGGCGAUGACGAGAUCCGGAAGCGUGCUCCGCUCACCGUACAAUGUUGCCAUGCACAAGUGGAACAUCAAGAGGGCGAGGCUCGAUCUGCUGGUGGAGCUCGAGAGAGCAGCCACUGACGCAGAGGUGAUGGAGCGAUUGGGCAUCGCGCCGGAUCGGUUUCGCGACAUCGUUCGCUCGAGCACGCGCGCCAGAUCCAUUCACCAGCGCUCGCUGCUGACCGGAGAAGAAUUCGUGGAGAAUAUCGUCGACUCGCAGAACCGCGACGGGCACAGCGCUGCAGCAGAUACCGCUCUUCUGUCAAUCGAUGAUGUUCUCGACUCAUUGAAGCCCAAGGAGAGUUUUGUGUUGAGCCAGAGGUUUGGGCUGGACGGGAAGGGCGAGCGAACUUUGAGCGAAAUAGGAAAGAACAUGAAUUUGUCGAGGGAAAUGGUGCGGCGCUACGAGGCCUGCGGCUUGUUGAAAAUGAAGCACCCCACGCGCCUGGACUAUCUGCGCAACUACCUCGCGACUGAGACCUGAUUGUGACCUUCUCUGUUCUCGUAGACUGUUAGCAGACUUGUAAUUUAUGUACUAUAUUUUGUAGUGUAGGGCCAAAUUUCACGCAGCAGCAAAGUUUUCGCCACACCAAUUCGUUCAUACUUGUAAGCAGUUUGUGGAGGUUUGCCAAUUCUUGAUCGUAGAAGAUUCAUUCGUCAAUCUCUCCGAAUCCCCUCGCGUGUAAUCUUCCUCAAAAAAUAUUUCCAAUACUCUUCGAGCGUGUUCUUCCUCGAACUGUCAACGUUGUGGGCUGUACCGUACAUUUUGAUCUUUACAACUCAUGCAGCUGAACCCAUGGAUAAAUGUAUAAUAAAUCUUUGCAAUCAAGACACAUU